AACACAUGUAUAUCAAUGAAGUCACGCAUGCAAGCUUAUUAGUUUGUACGACUAAGAUACUAAAUAAUCCACUUUACGCUAUCUUUUCUUGCUCCGAAUAUCUUACAAAUGGCGGCUAACCCAGAGUUUCGACUGUUUUACUGGCCAAGAAUGUCUGGAAGAGGUGAAUUUGUGAGACUUUUAUUCCACGAAACGCAAACAGUCUAUGAAGAUGUGUUCGCCGAUAAGACCUUUGAAGAGGCGGCUAAAAUGGGGUACGGAAGGGGCAAGAAGCAUUUCGCUUUUCCUGCGAUUGAGCACGGGGAUAUCUCCAUUAGUCAAACCCCUGUAAUCUGCCGCUAUUUGGGGAAAAAGCUAGACGGGGGAAGACUUUACCCUAAGACCGAAGAAGACCGCUUGCAAGCUGAAGUUUUGAUGGCCGGCGUUGUUGAUGUUGUGGAAGAUGGUUGCAGAGCAUGGCAUGCCAUCGAUUACAAUGCCUCCUAUGACGCACAGAAAGAAGAAACACAGCCUUUCAUUGAAUAUUACAAGAGCAAACGACUUCCAAAGUGGCUGGCUUUCUUCGAGAAUGCCUUGAAAGAAAACUAUGAAAAGAAUGGCGAACUAGUAUUUGUGGGUAAACAAAUAUGUUGGGUUGAUUUUUGCAUCUUUCAUUUCAUCGAUGGAAACAUGUUCGAAUGCCCAGAGGUUUUCGAGAAAGAGAAUACAGAGCACUUAGAAAAGUUUCACAAGGCCAUCAGAGAACGGCCAAACAUCAAGAAAUGGUAUUUUUCUGAAAAGCGCCCAAAGUUCACCCACACAGGCCCGAUCUUUUAGCUAACUACAGGAAUGGAAUGGACUCCUUGGUAGGAGUAAAAAAAUUACCUGCAAUUUAGGCGGAAGACUUCGCAGUCAUUUUCUAGUUGUAAACAUUUACAGAAAGGUAAACCACAACAAGAUUGAACAAGUAGAUCGAUUUGUAGUUAACGAUUAAAGCAGGCGAUUUAAGCUUUUUUACGAUUUUAUAAAUCUAAGCAUAUUUAAUUACGAUCUAAGCAAAUAAAGAUUUAUACUCCA